AUGUUCCAACAACCAAGAAUGUCGGACGAUAAGGUGGAAGUGAAGGAGAGCGACAUGGAGGAGGCCGAGCAGUCGAUAGUGAUCAGUGUCGUCCGAGAAGCUCAACGGUUAUACAAUAUUGACAAAGAUGUGGCCGCAUUCAUCAAGGAGGAGUUGGACAAGCAAUUGGGAGCCACGUGGCACAUUAUAUGUGGGAAGUGUUUUGGCUCUCGCGUAUCCUAUGAGAUGGGACAUUUUCUGUUACUGAAGUGUAACAAG